AUGGCCGCCGCACUCCCCACCAUCAACCUCGGGCUCGACUAUGAGGAAGACCUCGACCAGAUCAAGAACUUCUUGACCAAGUUCAAGACGCGUCCGGGCAAGCGGAGGGCCCUGCCGGAGGACGAGGCCCUCGAGAAUGUCGACAUGGACGAGGAUGUGCAGGAGGGCGAGGAUGCGGCGCCGAGGGAAAAGUAUGUCGAGAUGCUGCAACGGGUAGCAAACCGAGACGAGGAGCGGAUAGUCAUCGACCUUGAGGACCUGAAGGAGGACGGCGAGAUGGGCCGGGCGCUGGUCGCCCAGAUCCAGCGCAACACGCAGCGAUACAUCAAGCUCUUCAGCCGCGCGAUCGACGAGGUCAUGCCGCAGAACACGGUCGACAUCGGUCCCAAGUCGGACAUCCUCGACGUCAUGCAGUACCACCGCAACAACAAGAACCAGCAGAACGAGGAGGCCGGCCAGGCUGUCUUCCCUCCGCAGCUUCUCCGACGAUACAACCUCUACUUCCGCCCUCUCGCCAACGAGCCGAGUCUCGCCGUCCGCCAGGUUCGCGGCGCUCACCUCGGCAAGCUCAUCACGGUCCGCGGCAUCGUCACGCGCGUCUCGGAGGUCAAGCCUCUCCUCCAGGUCAACGCCUACACGUGCGACUCUUGCGGCGCAGAGAUCUUCCAGGACGUCCAGGGGAGGAAGGUCACGCCCCUUGACGCGUGUAUCAGCGAGGUCUGCACGCAGAACCAGAGCAGGGGUCAGCUGUACAUGCAGACGAGGGCGUCGAAGUUCACGCCCUUCCAGGAGUGCAGGAUCCAGGAGAUGGCGGACCAAGUCCCCGUCGGCCACAUCCCCCGAAUGAUGGUCAUCCACCUCUACGGCAACCAGACUCGUGCAGUCUCGCCUGGCGACGUCGUCAACAUCAGCGGCAUCUUCCUCCCGAUCCCGUAUGAAGGCCUCAAGGCGAUGCGGAUGGGCCUCCUCACCGACUCGUACCUCGAAGCGCACCACGUCCAGCAGCUCAAAAAGCAGUACGAGGCGAUGCAGCUCACGCCCGAAAUCACCCGCGAGAUCGAGGAGAUCAAGGCCGUGCCCGGUCUCUUCUCCCGCCUCGCGUCGAGUAUCGCCCCCGAGAUCUUCGGCCACGAGGACGUCAAGCGCGCUCUCCUCCUUCUCCUCGUCGGUGGUGUCACCAAGGCGGUCGGCGACGGCAUGAAGAUUCGUGGCGACAUCAACGUGUGCUUGAUGGGCGACCCCGGUGUGGCCAAGUCGCAGCUGCUCAAGUACAUCGCCAAGGUCGCGCCUCGAGGCGUCUACACGACCGGUCGCGGUUCGUCGGGCGUCGGUCUUACUGCUGCCGUCCUGCGCGACCCCGUCACCGACGAAUUUGUCCUCGAGGGAGGUGCUCUCGUCCUUGCCGACAACGGAAUCUGCUGCAUCGACGAGUUUGACAAGAUGGACGAGUCGGACCGAACAGCCAUCCACGAGGUCAUGGAGCAGCAGACCAUCUCGAUCUCGAAAGCCGGCAUCACGACGACGCUCAACGCGCGCACGUCGGUCCUCGCCGCCGCGAACCCUCUCUACGGCCGCUACAACCCGAAGAUCUCGCCUGUCGACAACAUCAACCUCCCCGCCGCCCUCCUCUCUCGUUUCGACCUCCUCUUCUUGAUCCUCGACACGCCCACGCGCGACGACGACGAGCGCUUGGCGCAGCACGUCACGUUCGUGCACAUGAACCGCGAGGCACCCCCUCUCGCGCUCGAGCCGAUCUCGCCGACCGUCUUGAGGCACUACAUCGCUCUCGCGCGCCAGGUCCGCCCCGUCGUGCCCAAGGUCAUCGCCGACAUGGUCGUGAACGAGUACACGAGCCUGCGGCGGCGUCAGAAGCAAGAAGACGAGAAGAACCAGUUCUUCACCUACACGUCUGCGCGUACGCUCCUGGGCGUCUUGCGUCUCGCGCAGGCUUGCGCGCGGCUCCGCUUCUCGCCCGAAGUCGACGUCGACGACGUCAAGGAGGCGCUGAGGUUGAUGGAGGCUUCGAAGGCGUCGCUGCACGAGCACGAGCACCGCGAUGCAGGCGAGGACCGCAGCUCGCGCACACGCAUCUACCACCUCGUCAAGUCGAUGCUGAGCGACGCGUUGAUGGACGUUGACGACGAUGCGGCCGCAGACGACUUUGAGGAGACGCUCAGGAUGGCGGACAUUCGGGACCGCGCAUUCGCGGCGGGCUUUACUCAGGACGAGCUCGACGAUGCGCUUGCGGCGUACUCUGAGCUCGGGGUCUUCUACCUCAGCGACGACGGCGCGACCCUUACUUUCGCUUAG